CAUCAUGCAGUCUCAAAUGGGGGUCUCUGAGCUAGACGAGAUACACUGGGCAUAAAUGUAAAGAUUAUAGGAUGAUUCUCCUGGUUUCAGAACUAUGGACAGCGCCGAUGUGUUUUCCUGUGUUUUUGACCCAGGUCACAUUUAAAAGGAGAAAAACCAGCAUCACAACCUCUAGCCUUGCAGCCUCACAACCGAUAACGUCACAGCAGCAGAAAACACAAUCUAUCUCUACAUCUGUUGCUAACACCCGUCACAACUCCGAACAAACACGAACUCCACCGCUCCCCAAAUGAACUAACGCAGCGGCGCGGGUCUGCAGCAUCGAGAGGGUCUGAAUAAAGAUGAAGUCCCUGCCGCGCUCCAAAUGUCAAUCAAAAUGACGUCGGUGCGCGUCCUUUCAUCUUUGAGAAGGGGGGGCUCGCGCUCUCAUUAACAUUCUGAAUGGAAGCCCGCGCCUUCGCCGCAUGCGCGUGCAUUCCACGCGCGUCAGAGACAACCCGCGCGGCGCGUGCAGCCGUUUACUGAUAACAUUUCUACAAGAGGCGCGAAUUAUCUAAAAACUGUAAAAAUAAUAAUAAUAAGGGGGUCAAAACAAACCACUGAGGGAACAUCAUCGUUUAACGGUGAUAUUUAAACGCGAACCACUGGCUUUAUUUCAUUUUUAGACACCAAAUCAUAACAAAAACGUGUUUGUUUCUUUCAGAAUGGUAAGAGGACGCCAAAAGACAACUGUUGCGCAAGACGAAGUUCUGCUUUAAAAAGCUGACCUCGUUAAAAGUCACCAAAAAGCUAAUUCCUACAGGUUGCGCGGUUUAUUUCUCAGACACGAAUCUCUCUGAGUGAUGAAAUAUUAAUUCAUACGCUCCCUCGUGCGCGUAAUGAAAUGAACGCAACAAAUGUCAGCGAGGGUUUUGCCGCCGAUGCGCGUUAUCCCACAGCCCUCCCCUAAUCGGUGGGCAUCGGUGACGCGCGUCUGGGGUUCAUGUUUAUGUCUGUCAGGUUUCCGAUUGGGCGCCGUGUGGAUGUGCGAUGAGCAUCCGCGCGCCGUGGGCGGGAACAGUCAUGUUUAUAAACCACAGUACGCUUGCCGUGGGCGGGAGGACCGGAUCGGGAGCGAGAGGACGCGCGGCGCGGAGCUCGUGGAGGAGGCGCGGCUUCCACUGCCCCUCCGCCGAAGCAGCUGUAUGGACGACCACCUCAGCCUCCUCCACUCGCCUCCGCCUUCCUCGAGCAAGCGCCGGGGCAACAACCUCGUGAACCACGGCUACACGGAAGACAUCAUGACAAUUGUUGCGUGCGACAACAUGCUGGAGGAGUCGGCGGCGCUGCCCGGGCACCACUCUCUGGAGCGCUACGAGCCGGACCACGAGUGCUGCGAGAGAGUUGUCAUCAACAUCUCGGGCUUGCGCUUCGAGACGCAGCUCAAAACCCUGUCCCAGUUCCCCGAGACUUUGCUUGGCGACCCCAAGAAGAGAAUGCGCUACUUCGACCCCUUGAGAAACGAGUAUUUCUUCGACCGGAAUCGGCCGAGCUUCGAUGCCAUCUUGUAUUAUUACCAAUCCGGAGGGCGCAUACGGAGACCCGUCAACGUUCCCAUAGACAUUUUCUCCGAGGAGAUACGCUUUUACGAGCUCGGGGAGGAGGCCAUGGAGAAAUUUCGAGAGGACGAGGGUUUCAUAAAGGACGAGGUGCGUCCCUUGCCCGCCAACGAGUUUCAGCGACAGGUGUGGCUGCUCUUCGAGUACCCGGAGAGCUCGGGUCCGGCCAGGGGCAUCGCCAUCGUCUCGGUGCUGGUCAUUUUGAUAUCCAUCGUCAUCUUCUGCCUGGAAACGCUGCCCGAGUUCAGGGACGACAGGGACCCGACGACGGUCGCGCCGCUGGCGAACGCGACCCUCCCGUUCUUCAGCAGCCCUUUCUCCGACCCGUUCUUCGUGGUGGAGACCCUGUGCAUCAUCUGGUUCUCCUUCGAGCUGCUCGUGCGCUUCUUCGCGUGCCCCAGCAAAGCCACGUUCUCCAAGAACAUCAUGAACAUCAUCGACAUCGUGGCCAUCAUACCCUACUUCAUCACUUUGGGGACCGAGCUCGCGGAGAGGCAGGGCAACGGCCAGCAGGCGAUGUCCUUGGCCAUUCUUAGGGUCAUCAGACUGGUGCGCGUGUUUCGGAUUUUCAAACUCUCGCGGCACUCCAAAGGCCUCCAGAUUCUGGGGCAGACGCUCAAAGCCAGCAUGCGCGAGCUGGGCUUGCUGAUCUUCUUCCUCUUCAUCGGGGUCAUCUUAUUCUCGAGCGCCGUCUACUUCGCCGAGGCUGACGAUCCCGACUCGGGCUUCAACAGCAUCCCCGACGCGUUCUGGUGGGCGGUGGUUACCAUGACGACCGUGGGAUACGGCGACAUGCAUCCAGUCACCAUAGGGGGCAAAAUCGUCGGCUCCCUGUGCGCGAUCGCGGGCGUGUUAACUAUCGCUCUGCCGGUGCCCGUCAUCGUGUCCAACUUCAACUACUUUUACCACCGAGAGACUGAGGGAGAGGAGCAGGCGCAGUACCUCCACAUCGGCAGCUGCCAGCCCCUGUCCUCCUCCGAGGAGCUGAAGAAGACGAGGAGCACGUCUUCGCUCAGCAAGUCGGAGUACAUGGUCAUCGAGGAGGGCGCCUUCAAGCAGCCCAACUUUCCCGCCCAGAACAACCAGAACUGCGUGAACAUUAAAAAGAUGUUCACGGACGUGUAGGCUCUUCCGGUCAGCCCGAGUCGAGGGCUGCUGAGUGUGUCGCCCUCCAUCUCCACGACGCGGAGGAAAUGGUUACAUGUUUAACGCGCCAGUCCCGUGCAGUGUUUUAUCACUUGUUUGAUUGAACCAUUUUACUGUGAGGUGGAAGCCGCUGCCGGCUUUCAGUCCGUUUGCUGUCUUUAGGGUCCGCUCAUUCGUGCAGGCGAUACGUGACAUCAGUGUGGCAAGCCGCUUUAACAGCUGUUGCGUAAAAUGAAGUAGAGUCUGUUUUCAUCUUACUAGAAAUUUUGAUAUCAAUUAAUUCAUCUGUGCGGGUUCAAUUGCUAUUGUAACAAUUUGCAGAUACCAUAUAUACGUAUACAA